CCUUUCUUUAGGCUUCUGAACCUGCGCAAGCUGGGUCUGAGUGACAAUGAAAUCCAGAGACUUCCCCCUGAGGUUGCCAACUUCAUGCAGCUGGUGGAACUGGACAUCUCCCGUAACGACAUUCCAGAAAUUCCUGAAAGCAUCAAAUUCUGCAAAUCCUUGGAAAUCGCAGACUUCAGUGGGAAUCCUCUCUCCAGGCUUCCAGAGGGCUUCACACAGCUUCGGAGCCUGGGCCAUUUGGCCUUGAAUGAUGUGUCCCUGCAGAACCUCCCCAAUGACAUUGGGAAUUUGGCAAACCUGGUGACUUUGGAGCUACGUGAGAACCUGCUAAAGACUCUCCCCACUUCACUCUCCUUCCUUGUCAAGUUAGAACAGUUGGAUCUUGGUGGCAAUGACCUGGAAGUACUGCCAGAUACUCUGGGAGCGCUACCAAACCUGCGUGAGCUUUGGUUAGACCGGAACCAGCUCUCAGCCCUGCCUCCAGAGCUGGGCAAUCUCCGCCGCUUGGUCUGUCUGGAUGUGUCAGAGAACAAGCUGGAGCAGUUGCCCAACGAGGUCAGUGGGCUAGUAGCACUGACGGACUUGCUCCUGUCACAGAACUCGUUGGAAUGCAUUCCAGAUGGCAUUGGUCAGCUGAAGCAGCUCUCCAUCCUCAAGGUGGACCAGAAUCGGCUGACAGAGGUGACAGAGUCAAUUGGGGACUGUGAAAAUCUGUCAGAACUCAUCUUGACAGAAAACAUGCUGAUUGCCUUACCAAAGUCCCUCGGCAAGCUGGCCAAGCUGACGAACCUGAACGUGGAUCGGAACCGGCUAACAUCCCUUCCAGCUGAGAUUGGAGGCUGUGCCAAUCUGAACGUGCUGUCCUUGCGAGACAAUCGCCUGGCCCUCCUGCCACCAGAGCUUGCCAACACCACUGAGCUUCAUGUCCUGGAUGUGGCCGGGAACAGACUGCAGAACUUGCCAUUUGCUUUGACAAAUCUUAACCUGAAAGCCCUGUGGCUGGCAGAAAAUCAGUCCCAGCCCAUGCUGAAAUUCCAAACAGAGGAUGAUGAAAAGACAGGAGAAAAAGUUCUCACUUGUUACCUGCUUCCCCAGCAGCCCUCUCCUAGCCUAGAGAAUCUUUUGCAGAACAGUGUGGAUGAGAGCUGGACGGACACCAAUUUAAACAGAGUCAGUGUGAUUCAGUUCCUGGAUGAACCCAAAGUAGAUGAUGAAGAGGAGUCUGGAGCUGAGAGACGGGGCUUACAGCGCAGAGCAACCCCUCAUCCCAGCGAGCUGAAGGUUAUGAAGAAAGUGAUUGAAGUUCGGCGCAAUGAGGUAUAUGCUGCAAAGCCUGACACGGACCUGAAUUCUCCUCACUCAGAAGAGAAGAGGCUGAGCACCAUGUCAAAUCGCAGUGAGGACUCCCACCUUUCCAACAGCACUGCCUCUGCUGACUUUAGGGGAGAGGAGCAGGGAGAAGAGGGAGAGAGGAGCUGGCCAAAUGGGCAGCAUAAGGAAGCCGCUGACCAAGAGGAGGAAGAUGUUGAACCCACUGUACACUUCGCUGAGGACACACUAAUACGGAGUGAGGAUGAGGAUGAAGAUGAAGAGCGACCAUUCCCAGUGGAGAAACAGAGGCUUAUCCGCAAGGAUACGCCCCAUUAUAAGAAACACUUUAAGAUAACUAAAUUGCCCAAGCCAGAGGCAGUGGUGGCACUCCUGCAGGGGCUGAACAGUGAUGGAGUCCCCAAAGAGGAAGAGGAGUUAGGAGGCUGCAAUAACAACACAGAGCCCGAGGAUCAGGAGGAAGCGUGGGAUGAGGAUGACAGAAAGAAUGGAGCUUUAUCUGCUCAGCCAUCAGUGAAGGGGGUGUCGUUUGAUCAAGCCAAUAAUCUGCUGAUUGAACCUGCUCGCAUUGAGGAGGAAGAG